AGAAAGAGAGAGGUGAGUCGUAGUCGUUCAAUUUUAAUACUCACAGAAACAAGAAUAAAGUACGUAUUUACUGAUGUCCGUUUGAGUUAUCGAUUUCUUGUCUGUGUUCCUUCUGAAACCAUGUCGGCCAACUCCAGCUCUCUCCCGCAAGACCCCGCGGCUUCGGCCGCACAAAUCCCCAGCAGCACAAGUCCCCAGUCACAACCGCCGGGCCGCAGCAAAUCGCGCGAGGCCGCAAAUCCCGCGGGGGACGUGGUGGAUCCCAAUUAUGUUGCGGUGGAACUGGGCAAGCAGCGCUUGGACGAGCUUGGUCUCGCGUUUACCAAGCAGGAAUGGCGAGAGCUGCUGGAGGAGGACGUGACCGUGAAAAACAUGCUAUGCGAGUGUUCAAGGUUUUUUACCGUGCACGACGUAAGAAGUACCAUAUGCAUCACAAAUUUGGGCAAUGGAGGAAACAAAACUUGUCAUGCUGGUGUUGAGUUUUGUUGUACAUCGUCGUGUAGUAAAAAAACAGAAAAAUUGCAAUGCAUACAUGCUGGAAGGGGUCGACCGGAUUUUGCAUUCCGUCCACAGCUCUAGUGGUGGGGAGGCAGUUGACAUCACGGCGGGCGGCGGACUGGCCAGCCGGAUUCGCGAGCACGUGGCGGAUUUGUGGAAGUAUGACCACCUGCAGCUUCUGCAGAGUGUGAUGCAGAAAAAGCAAGACCUUUAUCACGCGCAAAAGUAUCGGAAUGUUGUCGUACUAGAAAUUGCUAUACAACAUUAAUAUAAUUAUACGUUUACCGGAAUCCUGCAUGACAAGUUUCACAGUCAGAUCCCUCAGUACUAGUACUACGGAGAUUUACUACUUUUGCGAUGCAUCAGCAGUGUCAAACGACGAUCUUCGACCCCGAGACUGGCGAAAUGCGCACCCAGCUAGAUGACGAAAACGCCGCGGGAGACGGAGCCGCGCAAGCCGGUGCCGCAGCUGGCAGCGGGGGAUCCGGCAAACCGAGGACCGCCACGGUGCCCGCCCACCGAGUCCGACAGAUUGAGCGGCUCUUGCAGACGGAGCCACGUUAUGAUCCACAGUGAACUGAUUCCCGUACUGCAAGACGUACUAGUAUUAAAAUGGACUACGGUCCGUCGUUUCUGCACGAGAAAACUUCCCUUCGAUUCUAGUGGUCAACAGCACGACACGUUUUUGUCUCGCCACUCUACUGUUCUUGGCGAAACUUGUGAUGCAUUUUUUACGCGUGCCGCGGGAAUGAAAAUAAAUUUGUACUCCAUACGCGGCUGCGCGCAGCGAUCAACCGCGCUUCGGAGUCGGAUCUGUUGCUGCAACAGGAAACCGCAAGCGGGGGACAGCAACCCAGUGGAACAAGUGGGGGAGCAACGAAAGUGGACCCCGCAGUGGCCGCAGCCCAACUCCGGAAACAAUUUAGCCAAGGGAAAAGUGAAGCUGGGAGCAGGAAACUGCUCUUUCGAUUUUUCUACUUGAAGUUGGUUCUCAAUGAUCACCUUCGUCGUUUGCAGUUCUGGCUGUGGUCCAUUUGUACUAAUCCAUUUUGGAUCGUCACCGUCCGUGUCCGGCGCGUGAACUUGCUUUAUAUUUUUGCGAAACUGAAAAUCUCAGCAACAUGGGGCUAGCUGCGCAGACAGGUCCGAAAAGUUCUCAAGAAGACGUAGGUGAUUCAAGAUAUCAUAAUACUCAUUGAACAUCAUCAGGAAAGAGCACUACAUCCGUAUUUGGUCAUUUCAUACCCUCGAAAAAAGCAAGAAGUCGGAAAGGAGAGACAGACGCAAGUAUAAACGAUGAAGUUUGUUGUUGCUUCUGCUGAUGAGUGUCGUUUUCCUUUUUUCGCUCGUUCCGAUGCUCAUUUUAGGCGCAUAGCUAAUUGGUGAUAGUUGUCGCAUGUUAUUGAAGCGUGCAGGGUCUGGGCCCGAAGCUGUUGAAACUAUUUUUUUAUUGGUUUCGAAACUCGCACAACCUCGCAGACCUGCUCGCGAAAAAAUCUUCGUAACUCGCAGACUUAUAUCACCUAAAUAAUCGUAACUCCCAGACCUCGCGACGCGGAUCAAGAGCAACCUAUCUGGCAAAUACCGGCAAAUUCGCGAAAAGAACUGGGACCUACCUACACUCGGCGGCCUCGAGGUCGACAAGCGGGCGGAACUCCUGCUGGCCGAUCGCAACACCGAGUUUUUCUUUCACCAACGCCGGUAUCUCAUCGGAAUCGUCGAGUAGCGUCUUCAACCACGACGACAAGGGAUGCCACUCGGUCCUUGCGCAUGAAGCACCAACGCGGCGGCCACAGCCAGCUCACACAACGAAAAAUUUGCUGCAACACCGGCGCCGGCGGAUCGUGAAGGGCAAAUCGAAACAAGCACAGUGUAUGCCUCCGCCUCACGAUACUUUCCGCGAUUUGAACGCGAGGCGAUUCAGUAGUUCUUCACACUUCUGACCAGCGGAGCGCGAGGCCUCAGACAACUCCGUCGUGACUUCUGAAGGUGUAGCUUCAAGAACACCGUGGAAAACACCGAUGACAGACGAGGGAACAUUUCCCAGCACGAGGAGAGGACUCGACUUCCAGCUGCAGUCACUAGCGACACGACUUGAAGAUGAAGAUGAACUGCUUUCUUCUUAUUGUGCAGCGAAAGUGCUUUUCGAUUUUGAACGAGGGUGAAGGCGCGAAGUAAUUGUCGUGUUCGAACAAGAAGCAUUAAAUAAACCAUGAACAAAAUAAUGGAAAAUGAUUCUCG